AGAAAAUGUCCUACUGUGCCUGGGUGAAGGAGGAGAUUCACAGGGAUAAUUUCAGUCCUGGACAGUACAACUGCAGUCAGUGUGAUUAUCCACUCUUCUCCAGUUCUUCUAAGUAUGAGCAUGACACUCCCUGGCCUGCCUUCACCCAGCCAAUCCAUCCAGACUCAUUGUUAAAGGAGGCUGAAAAUGAGCCCCAGAUGUCCAGUAAGAACCUGGCUCUGAAAGUAUCAUGUGGAAAGUGUAAGAACUCUUUGGGGCAUGAGUUUGUUGGGGAUGGUCCAGGUGGUAAAUCCAGGUUUUGAAUAUUCAGCCACUCCCUCAAAUUCUUGAAGAAGGAAUAAGAAGGAGAUUUUCAAUUAUCGUUGUACUGUACUGCUGCAGUGAGACCUACAGUAAUAAUCAGAAAGACCCGAAAUGAAUUGACAGUUAAUCUGGCGAUCUUACAUAAAUAUCUCUGGCAAUUUCAAUAUCUCAAAAAGGCAGACCACAUAUUUUGGAAAUGGUAGGACUAGGGUUGUUUUGUUAUUACUUUUUCAUUAAUCACAUUUGUAAAAUCAAAUUGUAAAGUCGUCUGAUUAAUUGUAAAUUAAUUCCGGGUCUUUCUGAUUAGCACGGUAUAAAACUGUGGAUUAUGAAGACGACUUUCAGUUUUGAUUUUAUAUAUUCUAAUAAACAAAUAAUACAGCGGCAAUUGUGCAAAAGACCCACAUCAAGUAACAAUUUUAUUUUCAAUCUGCGCACUAUUUGCAUAACAUCCAUAGCAACAUCAAUUAAUCACAAAAAAUUGCUUAAAUGUCGGCUUUUUAUUCCAAAGUUUUAUAGGUCCCACUGUAGUCUGUAUAUGUGUACUUUGUACUACUACUGUUCUAUUUCUGGAGAAAAAAUGAUAUUGUUAUGUAUAGUGUUUGUACAGUGUUCACAAUUAUGUGGUAUUUUAUUGUGUUAUAUUAAAUACAAUUAACUCUUUUUUUCCAUAAUGCUUCAUGUGUACUUGUUUAAAAAUUGCACUGCUACAUUUCUACAUGAUUGUACUACAGAAACGAAAUUACACAAACCAUGUUGACCUGAAGCCUCAUCAUCAAUCUUAGUUUGUUCACAGAGUUACCAGCGCGCAAAAGUCUAGAAAGUUCCGUAUAUUUGACUGUAAAGUUCAAUCCUUUCUGGUAUAAAAAAAACGCUAAAUGAUUAUAAAUGUAUAUCAUCACCCUCCUCUUAUUUUUGCAGCAACAACCCUUGUCAUGUCUGAUUUGGAUUUGUAUACAGGGUUUCCCACAAAGGGACUUCAGAGACGACUCUACGGAAUUUUUACGGCAUUUUGUUCAUAUAUCCAUGUGUUUUGUAACUUGUUUCGUUCUUUGCUAAAUUAUUAAAGAAGCUGUGUUGAAGGCAACUCCGUGUACAUAAAUAGAGUAAAAUUCUUGCUUUAAAAUGAAGCCUUAUUGGUCCCGUGCAUAGUGCACUCCCUUAAGACUGAUGACACGCUGCAAGUGUUUUUUAACAAUUUAGUAAUUUUGUAGCAUACAAAGUUUCUCUUGAAUAAAUAUUAAUAAAAAAGA